UGACAGCAUGCUCUUGUACCAGGGUUUUUCAGAGCAUGACUUUUAGGACACGUAUGCAAUCAGAAUGACAAUUACUUUAUAUGCUUCCUUGUAAUAUUAACCGGCGAACUGUUGCUGGCUCUUGCCUGGCCCGGGUCUGCGUUUUGUGUAAAGCGAAACUUCUAGAUGGGACCGAAAAGGAAACGCUUUGAUUCUUAUAAUACUCUCUCUCAUCAACUAGAUCCAAGUUCAAAGGAUAAGGUAGAGAAAAUAUUCAAAAAAAAGUUCAGCUAUUCUACUCUCAGACACAAGACCCUGAGACUACGUUGUCAAGGUAAUAAACAGACACAGGGGAAGCAAGGUGACGAGGGAAGGAAGUUAAUGGUCAGCGAUGACAAGUCCAAGACGGAACACCAGGAAACCUGUGAAGCGUCGAUGCAGAAACCAGCGGAUCUUGAAGAUAAUGAAGAGCUCUGCUGGAAAGUACAGGAUCUCAUCUCCCUGAAGGAAGAUCUCAAUACACUGAAGGAUGAGCUGAGUGAUAAAGAUGUUCUGGAGUGGCACAAGCACACCUGCUUCACCAACCUAGCAGGCGGAGUUGUACAAGAGCUGAAACAGGUGUUCCAUGCAGAGCUGUGUACGCAGGCAUGGGGCAAGUUUUUCGAGAUUGUGUCCACCUUCACACUUGUCCCGCUGACGACAGAGGUGUUCAACUCUGUCCAUUUGUGUGAAGCACCCGGGGCCUUCAUUGCUGCUCUCAACCACUUCCUGAUGUCUCAAGCUUUCUCUGGUACAUGGUCGUGGCUGGGUACGACACUGAGUCCGUACUACGAGGGAAACAGCCUGGUCCAGAUGAUCGAUGACGACAGGUUCAUCAGGUCGACACUGGACAACUGGUACUUCGGGGAGGACGGGACAGGGAACAUCAUGGACUAUGAGAACCUCCAGGGCCUGAAGGACAGAACACAACACAUGGGAGAUGUACAGCUGGUGACGGCAGACGGCAGUAUCGACUGUCAGAACACUCCGGCUGAACAGGAGGUGGUGGUGUCCCGUCUACACUACUGUGAGGUGCUUACAGCUCUUCACAUCUUAUCACCAGGUGGAGCUUUUGUGGUGAAACUCUUUACCAUGUUCGAGUCCUCCACCGUGUGCCUUAUGUAUCUACUUUGUUCACAGUUUGAACAGGUGAAUGUGUUCAAGCCCCCGACCAGCAAGUCGGGUAACUCCGAGGUGUACACGGUCUGUCUGGGGUACAGGAAGCAGAUGAAAGGUCAUGCCCUCGAGACACUGUGUCGACAUUUCUUCUCUGAAACAGCCGCAGAAGAAAUCCCAAUAUUUGAGAAAGCAGACAUACCUUCUUCAUUUCUGCAAGAACACAUUGAAUGUUGCCGAUUCUUCACAAAGCAUCAAUCAGACACGAUCCGCGGCAACCUUCACUUGUACGGGGACUUCUCGCCAGACCAGAGGACGAGGAUGCAGGCCAUGAAGGACUACUGCACGGAGCUGUUCGUCAACACCUACAACGUGAACACCAUCCCCGGCUACAUGAAGAUCACACACCAAUCACACAAGAAGUAUGCGUCCAAGUUUGAAAUCAUCUCUUCCUCUGGGAAACAGGGCAGUGCCUAUGAUAAGCCAGUCACUCAGCGUAUACACUCGGGGUCGUUCAAGUGCCGGGUGGAGCAGAGUCAGUUGCCAUGGAGACAGAGGGUGCAGCUAUUGGAGAAGCUGGACUUAAAGGAUGCCAGCUUGUCAUUGGAGUGCACAGACCCCCUACAUCCAGCAGAAAUAAACUACUGGACAGUCGGUAAAGGGAGGCCACUCUUGCGUGUUAUUAGCUCACGGCUCUGUGAUGGCUACCUCACCAAACAGAUGAACACAGUCUUAGACAAUGCACAGUUGACUUCAGACAGCGACCCUGGGGUUUGUUACAAGGAGGUGGCACGUGUCAUCUCAGAGUUACUGUCGCAGCGCUGUGAGUCAAUCAGUGCAAACAACCAACAGGUGGCACUGAUGGUGGCAGAUGACGACUUGCAUCUCUACCUUCAAGAGCACCUGCCCUACAGGUGUAGCACCUUGGACAACAUUGGUGACAUGCACAUCUCCGACAGUGGCAACGCUGUUGUUGUGCUGAGUGUCUGUGACGUCACCAUGGAGACUGGUGGAGAGGAACUGGCUGUUCGCAGGAAAUUCCUGUCAAGAUUGAUCCAAGUUCUCAAGGUGAUGCCUGAGGGUGGCCACCUUGUGCUGCACCUCCACACGUCGCUGACACUCUUCACCGCCGGCCUGCUCUACAUCCUGGCACGCAUGUUCUCUCAGGUGUCGAUGUGUCCACAGUUGCCAGGUGUGUGGUUACAGCAGGUGCUGUACUUUGAGGGGUUUGGGGACCUGCAUCCCAGUGUGUUGACGUACUUGGAGUCUGUUGAUUCCCAGAUGUCAGGUCACACCAGCCAGGACAUGGAGGUGUUGGAGGUUCUUCCCAAAACCAUCAUCAUUAAUGAUGUUGUCUUUACCAGAUUCAUGUUGAGUGUGAACAGAAGUUUCAUAGGCAACUUUGUGAAUGCUGUGAUUGAUGCAGAGAGAGCACGUCUAUCAGAUGGUGAAUCAGAACCAAACACAUCCAGCUGACAAGAAAAGGACACAUCCAUGCUGGAGACCUGACAAGAUCUAUCCCUUUCAUUCCAUCAAGCAGACGUGAACCAAACACAUCCACCAUCAAGCAGACAUGAACCAAACACAUCCACCAUCAAGCAGACAUGAACCAAACACAUCAAGCAGACGUGAACCAAACACAUCAAGCAGACAUGAACCAAACACAUCCACCAUCAAGCAGACGUGAACUAAACACAUCAAGCAGACAUGAACCAAACACAUCAAGCAGACAUGAACCAAACACAUCAAGCAGACAUGAACCAAACA